AUGGGUGCCCGAGCGGUACUUGCACUUCUGCUCGGCGCAUGUGUCUGCUUUGCUUCUCGGAGCCGCACAGAGGCGGCGCACGCCUUUGCCCUGCCGACGGAUCGAAGUCUGCGGCGGCCUCCGCCAGCUGCUCUCGUCGCUAGGACAGCGACUGCAGGAUCUGGUGCAGAGCUGAAACAGUUCGUGCGCCCGAAGCGGCGCCUGCCUGGCCAUUCCGUGCUGGCCUUCUUUCGGUCUAUUGGGCUGAUGUGGACCAUGUUUUGCCUGUCAGCCUGGGUGGUCCCAGCCAUUUCAGCAGGACUUCCCGUGGUGAAGCGCAAGGAUCCGGUGGCACGCAAGUAUGUGGACCGAGUCAUCUGCGCGUGGAGUCAAAUGACGACAUGGCCUUUCUUCAGUGUGAAGGUGAAGGGGCGCGAGAACUUGUUGCCUAAAGAUCAGGCGGUGGUUUAUGUCGCGAACCACCAGUCCUUCAUGGACAUCCUGUCUUGCUACCAUCUGUCCAGAUCGUUCAAGUGGGUUUCGAAAGCAUCCAUCUUGAAGAUCCCAGUGGUCGGUUGGGCGAUGAAAAGAACCCGCACAAUCACCCUUGAGCGCGAAGACAGGAGGUCCCAGAUGGCAACCUUUCGGCAAUGCGUGUCCACAUUGCAGGAGGGCGCCUCUAUUUUCAUCUUUCCGGAGGGUACACGGAGCCCCGAUGGAGCACUCCUCGAAUUCAAGAAGGGUCCGGUCUCCAUGGCCAAGAGGGCAAAGGUGCCUAUUGUCCCGGUGACUAUCCUGGGAACUGGCCGUUUGAUGCCCAGCAAGAAGGAGUUCUUUCUGUACCACAACCGUGCUGGAGUGGAGGUGAUCGUGCACCCGGCAGUUUCGGCCGAGGCAGUCCAGGAGACACCGGACAAAGAACUGCUACUAAACCUGCGAAACACCAUCGAGUCAGCUCUUCCUCUGGAGCUGCAGAAGGGGACCGUUGCGAGUUGA